AUGGCUCGGUCAAAUGCUCCUGAUUCCUUGGCUGGAAAGGACCAUAUCUCCGAUGACUCGCAAGAGGUCGUCAAUGAAAAAGAAACCGUCACCGUUCUCCCGGACAAGCUCGAUCAUGAAAUCCAACCGGUGGGCAAUUACGGUGUCGAGUCGGAUCGUGAGAGUGCAGACGUGGUGAUUGUCACCGGUGCCGACGCGGCUCUCCAUCUGCUGCCCCUCCGCGAUGAUUUUGAUCGGGCCUUGACUGUCCGCAGUAUGUUUUUGGCGACUGGCCUGUCAUGCUUCUCGGCAGUGAUGUACCAGAUCUACCAGUUCAAACCCACGGCCAUUACAAUCCAAGGUACAUUCAUCGUUUUGAUUGCCUACUUCCUGGGCAACGGGUGGGCAAAGAUCCUACCUCGUGGUGACAAACUCGAGGCACGGUGGAGGAGUGGCGGUGGUCAAGGAGCCCUGCCAUUCUAUGUGAAAGUGGCAAAGCUUCUGAAUAAUGGACCAUGGUCUUUGAAGGAACAUGCCAUCUGUUCGAUCACGGCCACAUCUGCCUCCAAUGCGGCUAUUACCAUCCAGGUCUUCGCUGCCCAAGAUCUCUUUUAUGGUAUGCCUUUAAGGCCGGCUCAGGUAAUCUUGAGCGUGAUUUCGAUCGGCCUGUUUGGCUACGGUUUAGCUGGCUUGAUGCGUCCAAUUGCGGUGUGGCACACUGAAGCUGUCUACUGGAGUACUUUGCCUACCGUGAAAAGUCUACAAGCCCUUCACUGGCAGGACGUGAAGAACUCCAAGCCACUCCGGGUGUUCUGGUACGCUUUCGGUGGUAUGGCGCUCUAUGAGAUCCUGCCUGCGUAUGUCUUUCCUUGGUUGAACUCGAUCUCGAUUCCAUGCCUGGCAUCUCAAAAAGCCACUGGCAACACUGGCAGCGUCUUGACGACCCUGUUUGGUGGUGCUACCAACAAUGAAGGACUGGGAUAUUUCUCGCUCAGCUUUGACUGGCAAUACAUUACUUCCUUUCAAACUUCGCUUCCGUUCAAGUUGCAACUUCACCAAACCGCUGGUCUCCUUCUCUGCUCGUUCAUCAUGCUUGGGAUCUAUUACGGUAACGUGUGGGGCUCCAGGUCACUCCCAUUCAUGUCGACGAGACUUCUCACCGAGGAAGGAAAAGCCUAUCCUCUUGCGAAGAUCUUCCCUGGUGGACAGCUUGACGAAAGCCAACUGGCAAAGUACGGCAUACCUAGAUUGACUGGCACAUUUGCAUUUGCGAUGUUCAUGGCCAAUGCUGCGAUCGGUGCUCUGAUCGCGCACUGCGCUCUGUUCUGGGGUAAAGACAUCAAGCGAGCUUACUCCAGCGCUAAAGAGGGCCGCUCUGAUGAUCGUCACCAUGAACACAUGACCAAGCACUACAAAGAAGUCCCCUGGUAUUGGUAUGCGGGAAUUUUGGUUCUGAGCUUCAUUCUCGGCCUGAUUGUUGUGCUCAAAGAGAACAUCACGCUUCCCGUUUGGGCAUAUGUGGUGUCCUUGCUCACCGGCAUCAUCAUUGCGCCUUUCAGCACCAUUCUUUUCUCCCGCUUUGGUAACGGCAUUGCGACCAACAAUCUUUCCAAGAUGAUUGCGGGAUUUAUCCUGCCCGGUCGCCCCGUGGGAAACAUGUACUUUGCUGCGUGGUCACACAACGUCAUUUCGAACACGGUCUACCUUGCGCAGGACUUGAAGAUGGGCGAAUACCUCAAAAUCGCACCGCGCGUGAUGCUCGCGACCCAAAUCUACGGCACCAUUCUAGGUGGAUUCAUCAACUAUGUGAUGAUGAUCUCCAUUGUCUCGGGGAAUCGCGAGUCGCUCGUCAAUUCCAACGGGGAUAACUCUUGGAGCGGUGCUACCAUCCAGGCAUACAACACCAACGCGACAGCAUGGGCUCUGGCGUCGUAUCUCUACAAGAGCGGCGGACGAUACUCGAUUGUUCCCAUUGGCAUUGCUAUCGGUGCUGCAGCUGUGGUUGCCCACCGAGUAUUCUUCAAGUUUGUUCCCAAAAUCGGAAGCUUCGACGUGGGUGAAAUCAACCUGCCACAGUUCAUCCAAUACGCGGGUUACAUUCCCUACAACCAGAGCCAGACUUGUGUGAUCCUCAGCUGGACGAUUGCAGGAUUCUACGUCCAGUACUACCUGCGCAACUACCGUCCUCGUAUCUUCAAGGACUACUCGUACCUGGUCACUGGUGCAUUCGAUGGUGCCAGUCUCACGGUCUUGUUUAUUCUCUCCUUUGCAGUCUUUGGUGCCGGUGGACGGCAGCACCCUUUCCCUCUUUGGUGGGGUAACAACCAGGAGGGUAAUCUUGACUGGUGUCCUACGGAGUGA